UGAUGGUGCACAAUGUCAGCGCAGGCAGAGAAGCUAGAACUUGAAGAGCUUGACAAAACUUUGCUAAAGAAGAACGAACCCAAACCUCUGGGCAAGUACGAGAGAAUAAUCCAGCCAUGUGUUGCCGAGCUGGUGGGCACAACAUUUUUUGUCUUUAUCGGCUGCGUGUCUGUCAUUGAAAAUGUGGAGGCAGCAGGACGACUACAGCCUGCGCUUGUGCAUGGAUUGGCAGUGGCUGUGCUGGUGGCAUGUAUGGCAGAAAUAAGCGGAUCACAUUUUAACCCUCCAUUCACCAUUGCUAUCUGGUUAUGUGGUGGAAUUCAGCUGACGAUGGUUAUUCCCUACCUUAUCAGUCAGCUUAUCGGAGGUGUGCUGGGAGCUGCAAUGUCAAAGGUUAUGACAUCACGCGAGAACUACAUGAAUGCUACCGGAGCGGCCUUUACUAUUCUUAAAUCUGAUGAGCAGCUGGGGAAAGUUGUGUUUGCUGAAAUGGCCAUGACGUGUCUAGUAACUAUGGUAGUGCUGCUGGGAGCUGUCAAUGGAAAGAGCAAAAGUCCCCUGGUGCCCUUCAUGGUGGGCUGCACUGUUAUCGUCAAUAUUCUGGCAGGAGGAGACGUUUCUGGCACCUGUUUGAAUCCUGCAAGAGCUUUUGGACCUGCAUUGAUGGCUAACUACUGGACUUAUCAUUGGGUUUACUGGGUCGGUCCGAUAGGGGGAGGUCUGGUGGCGGCUGCUCUUGUGAGACUUCUGCUUGGAGAUGAGAAGAUACGAGUUAUACUGAAAUGAUAUUGGAGCACCUCAGCGUGUCAAAACCUCUCAAUUCAUGAUGCCAUCCUUACUUUUAAACAGUCUGAAUAUUUCAUGUCUAACCUUACAGCACAUAUUGCAUUUAAAACUGUGAAUUAGUGUAUUUGAGUUUUAUAAAAAAUUAC